CACCCCUUAUCCUGAUCGCCACCAUCUAUAAUCUUCAUUUGCAUUAUAAAAACCAUAGGUUCCUAGCUCAUGAGAGGCAGAUCAGACAAAAAACAAUCAACCGAGCCAAUACGGCGGUACGAUAUAUACCAGACAAAUUAAACAGAGUAAUUCGGAAGAAGUUAAGAUGGAGAUAUUGUCGCAGAUGUGGUCGUUCUUGGGCCUCCUCACCGUCCUACAAAACGUCUUGCCAUCCCAGCUCCUCUCCCUCCUUCACUCAUUCUACGAGUCCCUCCAGGACAUGUUCACUCCCUACUCCUACUUCGAGAUCCCUGAGUUCAACGGCUACUGCGGCGUCGACGUCAACGACCUCUACCGCCACGUCAAUCUCUACCUGAACUCCGUCAACCACUCCUCCACCUGUCGCCGUCUCACCCUCUCCCGCUCCAGAUCCUCCAAUCGCAUUUCCUUCACCGUCGCACCCAACCACACCGUCCAUGACACCUUCCGUGGCCACAGCGUCUCCUGGACCCACCACGUGGAGACUGUCCAAGACUCUUUGGAAGAGAAACGCAGCUUCACUCUCAAGCUCCCCAAGCGACACCGUCAGGUCCUUCUCUCACCCUACCUCGAUCAAGUCACCUCACGUGCCGAGGAGUUCGAGCGUGUCUCCCGCGAACGCAGGCUAUUCACCAACAACGGCCACGGCUCCUACGAGUCCGGCUGGGUUUCUGUCCCGUUCCGUCACCCUUCCACGUUCGAAACCCUGGCGCUGGAGCCCGAGCUGAAGAAGCAGAUCACGGAGGACCUAACCGCAUUCGCUAACGGGAAAGAGUUUUACCAUAGAGUUGGUCGUGCAUGGAAGCGCGGAUACUUGCUCCACGGCCCGCCUGGAUCAGGGAAGUCGAGCCUGAUAGCAGCCAUGGCCAACUAUCUGUGCUACGACGUAUAUGACCUCGAACUUACCAAAGUGUCCGACAACUCCGAGCUCAGAGCUUUGCUCAUACAGACCACGAAUCGGUCGAUCAUCGUCAUCGAAGAUAUCGACUGCACCGUUGAUCUGACGGCAGAUAGGAUGCUGAAAACGACGUCGAAGAGGAUGAGAAGGGGGAGGGAGACGUGCCGACGGCCUGAGGGAGAUGAGGCCGAGAGGGGGAGGGUGACAUUAUCGGGGCUUUUGAACUUCACGGACGGGCUUUGGUCGUGCUGCGGGGAGGAGAGGAUCAUAGUUUUCACGACCAACCACAGGGAAAACGUCGACCCAGCGCUGGUGAGAUGUGGGAGGAUGGACGUGCACGUGAGCCUGGGAACGUGCGGCAUGCACGCGUUCAAGGCCCUGGUGAAGAACUACCUCGGCCUGCAGUCCCACCCGGUGUUCGACGCUGUGGAGAGCUGUGCAGGGUCCGGCGGGGCGCUGACUCCAGCUCAGGUGGGGGAGAUCCUGCUAAGAAAUAGGGGGGACGCCGACAAGGCCUUGAAGGAGGUGGUCUCCGCCAUGCAAGACAGGAUGAUAAUGCGUGGGGGUGGAGGAGGUGGGGCUCACGGACUGUUUGAUGACGUGGCAGAGAGGUCUCCGGAGAAAGCGUUAAAAGUGGAGAACUGGGACUCGUUGUCGCCAGGUGGAAAGGGUGUGGGCAUGGGCAGUAAUAAGAUGAGGAAAGAGGGGAAGGUGAAGUUCUUAGUGAGGCUUAGAUCUCUGACCAAGUCUGAUUCCGGAAGAAGAGGUGUUUGAGUGCAAGUCCGUGGGGUUAUUGUGUGUUCAUCGGAGAUUUGGGGACAUGGUGUAGAUGUGAUUUUUUCUUCUACGUACAAGUUUUUACUCUUUAAUGUAAUUGUCGAAGCUAAGAACAAAUUUUCCGUUUGAGAUGUACAUACGUCAAAACAGAUGAAAAUUCCCUGAAGCUAUCAUAUCUCCGAUCGAGUUUGAAGACUUGAAGUCGAUCCCACGGAAAAGAGAUAAUCAAAUGAAACGAAAUUCAUAGUUUUUAUAUUUCUCUUCA